AUGUUCUCUGCUACUCGUGCCCUCCGACAGGCUGCUGUCCACGCUGAGCGAACCCCUCUCAUCAAGUUUCUCGGUCCCCGAACCAUCCCUUCCAACGUCGACCAUACCCCCAAGCCUCACCCCGCCUCCGGUGUUGAGAAGCUCCCCGAGUCCUGGUCCGGCUAUGGAAACGGCGACGCCGCCGCUUCUCACAAGAACUUCAGCUCCUACCGUGACCACGUCCAGCAGCAUGGUCCUCUUCAGAAGUCUGGCUUCGGCGGUACCAGUGCUGCCUCUCUGGGCUCUGUCAACCCUCCCAAGGGUGUUGCCUUUGACCUUUCUGAGCUUCCUGCCCGCUUCCACCGCGCUCCCCUCAACGCUGCCGAGAUCGAGGCUGUCGAGUCUGGCGGCGCUGCUCUCUUCGGUUAA